AACAUAAAAACAAUAUUUGUUGAAAGAAAGAAAGAAAUAUGCAGUAGACCGUCUCCCGUCCCCCUCCCCCUUUCUCUCUCUCUCAGCUACUCCCAACAGUCCGUCUCUACUCUUCCGCAGAAGGAGAGAACCCGAAAGCCAAAAGAAGAAGAAGAAGAAGAAGAAGGAGAAAAUUAGAAGAUGAUGGGCCUCUGGACUCACCUCCUUCUCCUUCCUCUUCUCCUCCCGGGUUGUUUGUCAGAUCCGAGCGACGAGCUGUGCCUGACCCACCUGAGCGAGUCCCUGGAGGACCCGGCCAAGUUGCUCCAGAACUGGACCAAGUCCACCUUCGCCAACCCAUGCUCCGGAUUCACUUCCUACCUGCAAGGCGCCACCUGCAACAAUGGGCGCAUCUACAAGCUCUCCCUCACCAAUCUCUUUCUCCGCGGCUCUCUCUCCCCCUUCCUCUCCAACUGCACCAACCUCCAGACCCUCGACCUCUCCUCCAACUUCCUCACCGGCCCCAUCCCCUCCGACCUCCAGUACCUCGUCAACCUCGCCGUCCUCAACCUCUCCUCUAACCAUCUCACCGGCCAGAUCCCCCCCCAACUCACAUUGUGCGCUUACCUCAAUGUCAUCGACCUUCACGACAACUUGCUCUCCGGCCUUAUUCCCCAACAACUCGGUCUUCUCGUUCGCCUCUCCGCUUUUGAUGUUUCCAAUAACCGCCUCUCCGGUCCCAUACCCUCCUCGCUGGCGAACCGGAGCGUCAAUUUACCGAGAUUCAAUGCCAGCUCCUUUCAAGGAAACAAGGAUCUCUAUGGCUACCCUUUGCCGCCUUUCAAGAACAAAGGGUUGUCGGUUAUGGCCAUUGUUGGGAUCGGAUUGGGCAGUGGAUUCGCCAGCCUGGUGCUCAGUUUUACAGGGGUGUGUAUUUGGCUCAAAGUUACUGAGCGCAAGAUUGCUCUCGAGGAAGGCAAAAUUAGUCAGCUUAUGCCUGAUUAUUGAGCUCCCUUAAACCGUAUAUCUUUCGAGGUGUAUUUGGGAUGAUUGAGCACAAACAGAUUGAGAUUUUCAGGUAUGUUUUUAUAUAUGAAUAUAAAUAAAUAUAUAUAGAUAUAUGAGGUUUGGGCUAUAGUCCUUUUGUAUUUCUCUUCUAAUGGGUUUUUCUUUUGGGGUAUUCUCUUUUACUAAUCGGUGGAGGGGUUUUUCUUUUUCUUUUUUUUUUUUUUUUUCUCUCUUAACCAAUUUUUUUUUUUUUGAAGUUUCUUUUUUCUUUCGGGGGUUGAUUAUCUAUAUUUUAAUUUCUUAACAAUCAACAAUGUAUAAAACAAUUCAAACACGAGGCAUCAGUGAAAUAGUGCAGCUCUAUUUUUCAUUUUCUCAACGGUGUAAUCAGUAAUGUUUCCAUACUGUUCUGUAAUGCUUUUCCUGUUUACUCUCUGUCUCUCUCUCUCUCUCCUUGCGUGUGUGGUAGGGUAGGUUGAGACUUCGGUGGGUCUGUUUAGUGAAGAGCUGCAUCGUGCAAUUUUGUCUGGCAGUGAGCUAAAAUAUAUGUAGUACGAGUAUAUAAAUACAAACCACAAGUGGUGGAAAAAUUCUAUUUCCCGGAACUGCUGCAUUGAAUAAUAAUGCACUUUACAUACUUGGGAGUUC